CACUCUAUUUGUCAAGAAGCCGCAAUUUCUAGCAUCAAAACAAACAAAACAUAAUUAUAAUCUAAAUAAUAUAAAUACGCCUUAUGGAGAACAUAAAUUUUAACGAUUUCACGCCCAAAGAGCGUUACGAGAUCAUCAAAGAAUUUCUAGUAAAGAUGCAAAAAGCCGAUUCUAUGCCGAGCAAGGAUAUGCAUGUCCAAAGAUUCUUCGAGCAUUAUUUACGAAAAUUCUACAUAUUGCCAAAGAAAUUGAUCAAUGAUAUUGCUUACUGCCAAAGGGCCAUGAAAUCACAUUUGGCUAUUCAUCAGACAAUCAUUAGUGUUUUUGGGCAACAAGCUGAUGCUGAUCCUGUGAUCAAGAACAACUACAUAACCGAACUGGAGGAUAUGCUGUACGAAUUAAAUGCAGAAUGUCAAUAUUUGGUCCUAUGUCUCCAAGACGACAUAAAUCGUUUCUGCUUAGCUUUUACAGAGCAAAACCUGAAGCCCAAUGAGCAAGUGAUCAAGGAUAUUGUGAGUGCAGCUGUCGUGCCGCUCAUAGUUAACCCGGAUAUUUCACUUAAGCCGUGUUUUGUAUUGGAGCGACCAACCGACAGUGAGUUGCUAAGGAAAUACUUUAUAAUAGAAGGAGCAGAACCGGCAGAAGAAGUUUCAACUCCUGUGGAACCACCAAAACAAGUUCCCUCUUCACAAACUAAUCUGGAUGUAAAUAAGAGUCGGCUCAAUCUGCAGGCAGCUUUAAGCCGAGCUCGUUCCAAUUCCAAGCCAGCGGAAAAAGGUGAAAAAGAUGACCAGCAAGGGCGCGCAAAGGAUUUCUUUAUGCAAUCCGUAGGUCUUUGCUCACACGAUGAGUACAAGCGCUUGAAGUUAUCGAUGGUUCUGCUCCAAAAGCGUAAGCCUAAGCCAUCUAAGAAAAAAAAAUAAUUUUCGUCACAACUGAAAAAGGAAACAUCUGUUUUUGUUCUGUUUCCGAACGAUUUUUAUAUGAACGUUGAUAUUUUUAAUAGGCUUAAUGUACUUAAAGAAGGGAUAACGUUAUCGCAAUAGGUAAUGUUACAACCUAUUAUUACAUAACUGUGUUAUAUACUCCAAUUAAAAUACAACUUCUUGGUUGUCUAAUUAAUUUUCAAUAUUUAGACUUUCCUAGGUAAUCGAUAUUACUAUCAAAUGAGGAGCAAGUAACUUAUAAACAAACACAUUAAUAAUUUGUAUGUGUUUUGAAACCAUAAGUGAAAAUUCCACCUCAUUACAAAUUGAAGAAGAAGCUACCAAAUGAAAGAAAUAGAAAAAGGCUUUUUAUUUAGAUUAACUCUUAAUUAUAAAAGAAAAGAAUGACACAAUAAAGUUCAAAUUUUUAGAUACCA